AAAUGCUCCUUAUACUGAAGAGUUUCUGUUUAGUUAGUAGUAUAAAAUGAGGCGGACGCUCCCUCUUGCACGUAUGACGUACAUGUCGACGUAGGCGGAAGAGGAUAUCCACAUCCUGGAGAUUGCACGUCAACAGUAGCUGUAGAGAGAGAUGCUGCUAAUACAUUAAGUUAGGUACAUUCACUGUGGACGUCUACAUUUUGCCUGAUAUAGCUAUCGAUAUCAUAAUCAUAAUCGGACAAAAUGGAGCAAGACCCGAAUCCCGAGUCUUUGACCUCCCCCUCUGGUCAAGGGCCUGGAAAGUCGAAGCUGGACACACUGUCAAAAGAAGACCUAAUCAAGUAUGCUAAAAAACAAAUGGCUUUAAUGCAGAAGAUGAAAUCCAAAUGCUCAGAUUUAGAAAAAGAAGUCGACAAGCUCAAAGCCCAGCCAAAGAGCAGUUCAGAUGAUUCUAUAAUCAAGGAAUUGACAGAGAAGAUGGAUAUGGUUCUGCUGGAGAAAGCAGAAACACAACAGAAUCUGGUCCUUCUGCGUAAAGAAAAUGCAGGCACUAAACAGCAGGCACAGGAUCAUCUUGAUGAAAUGGCAAAGCUUCAAGAAAAGUUGGAUCAAGCGCAGAAUGAGCACUUAAGAAUAAUUGAUAGUUUACAAAAAGCAAUUGAAACCGCAGAAGUUAAACACAAGGAAGACCUUGAACAUGUUCAACAGCUCAUGAAGGAGCAAAGACAAAAUGAACAGAAAACUGAAAAUCAAAAACAAGGGGAAAUUGAUGAAUUGAAGGCAAAUCUAGAAGAAAUGCACAAAUGCUAUGAGAAUAGGAUAUCCGUCGUGCGGCAGGAGCUGGAGGUGGUGAAAAAUGAGAGGCUUGAAACUGAAAGGCUCAGAGAGGGUCAUCAAAAGGCACUCUCAGAAUCACACAGUGCACUGGAAGACCUCCAGGGGGAGUUGGCAAAGUUCCACCAGCUACACGAGGAAGAGGUCAGAGACUUGAUGUUGCAGCUGGAGGAGAAUGCAGCCGACUAUGAGAUGGAAAGAGAGCGACUCUUACUUCUCCAGGAUGAGCUUUCGGAGCAACUUGCAAUGAAGGAAAGUUACCUGCAAGAUGUCCAGGAAGAGGAGGAGGACCCAAACAGGUCAGGGCUGCAUAAAGAUGCGUUGGUGUGUAAAAUGUUGAAUUUCUCAGGUGCAGAGGACCAGGGUGAUGAUGAAGUGAGCCAACUGAAGGCAAACUUAGAAGAUUUGCAGGCCCAGAACACCCUGGUUCAAGAUGAGCUUACAUACAUACGUAAUGUCAAAACAGAGCUGGAAUCUGACCUCCAGCAUGUGAGACAGGAAUCCCAACUGGAGAAGGAGGAACUUGAGUUCAAGAUUAAUGAACUUCAAAUGACCAAAGAUGAUGGUGUGAACGCUUUAGAGAACCUUCACAUCACUAAUGAGGGAGGGGAUAUGACAAAUGAUCUGCAUGAACAAGAGGUCCAAGACUUGAAACAACUUCACAAGACCAAAUUACAUGAGCUUGAAAGAACGCUGCUCUCACAAAAUGAGACUGAUAAAGAAAUGCUGCUCCAAGAAAUACAAGAACACAGAAACAGGUGUGAGCAAUUGGUUGUUGAGAAGAAUCGUGCCAUUGAAGAGUGCACACGCGCACAGGAAAUUCUUAAGAGUUUUGAGUUAGAGCUAGGUGAAAAAACAGAUGACUUUAUAAAGCAGUACGACGCCAUGAAGGAGCAGAGUGCAUCUUCUGUUCAGGAUUUGCAGGAGAAGCUGGGGGUGACAUGCAGUGAGAGAGACCACUUACUGGAACAAAUGGAGAGCCUUCAGCUCACAGCAAAGUCAGUGCAGGACCUGACGGUCUCCUCAGAUGCUCUGCGAAAACAAAACGAGGAAAUUCUCUCUCAGCUCCACCAAAAAGAGACUGCUGUGAUGGAGCUGAAGGAGAUACUGGAUGCGGCGUCCUCAGACCAAAACAAUCUUCAACAGUGUUUGGAGAAAGCACGUGCAGAAUUGGUUAAACUUCGAGAAGACUGUGAUGUGGAGAGGUCAGAGAGAUUAAAGGUCUCUGACAGUUUUGAAAGUAUAUCCAAGGAUAAAGCAGAGAUGCAGCGUAGGCUGGAUGAACUAUCAUCAACUCUUGAAAGUACCUUAGCAGAAAAGGAUAGCAUUGGGACACUGGUGACAGAUUUGAAUAACAAACUCACUCUGGCUGUCUCCGAGAAGGAGGAGCAGUGCAGCCAUGCUGUUGUGGAGGACCGUGCUGCUCUUCAGGAAAAAGAUGAGCAGUCUCAGGAUCCUAUUAACUGUCUGAGAUCAGAAGCCAUUAGCACUUCUAAUGAAGAAAGAGACAGACUUCAGAAGUGCCUUCAGAGUAUGUCAGAUGAGCAGGAUGCACUGAAAAUGGACAAGAAUGCCAUUGAGGCAAAGCUCUCUGAAGCUUAUGGUCAUAUCAUGAACUUACUUGAUCGAAAUAACUGGGAUGUAUGCACAGAUGACAAGGAUAUCCCUGGUCUCUUAGAUGCCCUCGUAGCAGUGGUGCAGCAGGAGAAACUGGACCUGACUGACAGUAUAGCAGAGUUGACGGAGGAGAUGGAGAGGCUUAAGCAACAGAGCACCCAGACUCAGGUUGAGCUCCAGGCUCACGUGGAGGAUCUCAGUCGUGAGAAGAGCUUGUUAAAGGGGAACCUUGAUGAGGUUGUGUCUGAUGUAGAAGCCUUGCAAAGGGAUCUUUCUGAAAUGAAGACCGUGAAUGAAAAGAUGAAAGUGGAAAACCAAGAGCUGCUUGCUCAAAUUGCAGAAGCUUCUGAGAAGUUGUCAGCCAGCGAACAUGAUGGAAUGUCAGGGGAAAACAAGGAGAGUUUGGACCAAAUCCAUAAUGAGAGAGAGGAGGUGCAGCAGCUGCUGACGGAGAAAGAAUCCCUUUUGACACAGCUGAGGGAGGAGAUGGCUAUUUUACAGAAGUCGACUAAGACUGAUGCUGCCUCCAGUGAAGAUAACAUGAAGGAGUACACUGAAAAAAUUGCAAUACUGGAAAAGGAAAGCAAAAGCAGAGAGGAAAGGAUGAACAAAAUUAAAGCUGUCGCUGUGAAGGCCAAAAAAGAACUGGAUAAUAGCAGAAAAGAGGUGGUUGCUUUGAAAGAAGAGGUGGGGGCUUUAAAAGCAGAGCGAGACAGAGUCUCAAGUUCGAUGAAAGACAUUAUCCACGGGGCUGCGGACUAUAAGAACCUCAUGAUGGACUAUGAUGGGCAGACUGAGCUUUUGGAUAAGGAAAGAGAAAAGCUUGAGGGGGCGGAGAGACAAAUCGGAGAUUUAACCAAACGUCUGCAAACUGCCAUCCAGCAGCACGAGCAGUGCGCUUCAGAGAGAGAGGACCUGAUGGCUCGACUGGACACUCUGCAGACUAACGUCAGGCAGCUGGAGGCUCAAGCUCUUGAGAUGCACAAGGUCAAAUGUGCACUAGAAAAGGACCUGGAGGGAGAAAGGCUCUUAAAAGAACAAAAAGUCAAGGAGCAUUUGUCUGCGGUUAAGGAGGUGGAGGAACUCCAGGGUCAGCUGCGCAAACAGAAGCAGCAGCUCCAGCAGACUGCACAGGAGCUCGAGCAGCUUCGCAAGGAUGCUCAGCAGAGCUCUCUGAUGGACAUGGAGAUGGCAGACUAUGAGCGCCUGGUGAAAGAGCUCAACAGUAAGAUAGUGGAGAAAGACACUCACAUUGAGGAUCUGGAAACGCAGCUACUGACCCAGAAAAACAAAGAGGAGAACUUGAAUGAGGAGAUCGAAUCUCUGAAGUCCCAGCUAGACCAAGGGGAAGAGAAGUCAUCCAAGAUGAAACAGCUGCUGGUGAAAACUAAGAAGGAUUUGGCUGAUGCCAAGAAAAAUGAAGCUUCUCAGAUGCUUUCCCAGGCUGCUUUGAAGGGAGAGCUGGAGGCAUAUCAACAACAACUGGAAGACUAUAAGAUUCAGUGCAGUGAGCUGGCAGCGGAGCGUCACCGACAGCAGGAGCAGCUGAGGGUGGCGGCUGAGCAGCACCAGAGGACCGGUGGAUCACUACAGCACAGGCUGAACACGCUUCAAGAGGAGUGCAGCUUAGCUAAGGCUGAACUGGCUGCGACCACGUCAGAAUUUGAGAGCUACAAGGUGCGCGUUCAUAAUGUUCUAAGGCAGCAGAAAAACAAGAGCUCGGCCCAGAAUGACGGUGAUGUCACCAAGCAGGAAAGGGAGCACAUGGAGAGCAUGCUGGAGCAGCUGCAGAGCAAGUUGAAGGACUCCCAGCAGAACCUGCAGGCCAGCAGUGCAGAGCUCCAGCAGCUCCAGACGGAGCACGACACCCUGCUGGAGCGCCACAACAAGAUCCUGCAGGAGACCGUGGUCAAAGAGGCCGAGCUCAGGGAGAGGCUCUUGUCGCUGCAGUCUGAGAACAUGGCCCUGAAGGCUGAGCAUGCCCAGACGGUCAGCCAGCUGAGCUCCCAGGCGGACACCCUCCGCAGCAGCUUCCGGGAGCAGCUGCGUCACGUCCAGGACGAGCACCGCGGGACAGUGGACACGCUGCAGCAGCAGAUCAGCCGAGUGGAGACCCAGCUCUUCCACCUGCAGAAAGAGCCCAAUGCCAGCCCUCUCCAGCAGAGUAAAAAGAUGCUGCAGGAACGGAAGCCCACAGACCUGCCUCUGUUUGAGCUGCAGUCCAUGGCGCGCGAGGAGGGGGAGGGCAUGGAGACGGCCGAGACGGAGUCGGUGUCAUCAGCAGGCACGCCCCUGGCCUCUCUGGAGCAGCUCCUGUCCUCUCCUGAUCCCAGACAUGAGCCCUUUGUGUGGCAGGUGGAGCCCACUAAAGAGGAGCUGAGCCAGAAGCUCAACACAGCCACCCGGAGCAUGGAGCACAUGAAUGGACUGCUGCAUGAAACAGAAGCUACUAAUGCCAUCCUCAUGGAGCAGACCACGCUGCUGAAGAGCGAGGUGCGGCGGCUGGAGAGGAACCAUGAGCGGGAGAAGUCCGUGGCCAACCUGGAGUACCUGAAGAACGUGCUCCUGCAGUUCAUCUUCCUGCACUCGGGCAGCGAGAGGCAGGCCCUGCUGCCCGUCAUCCACACCAUGCUGCAGCUCAGCCCCGAGGAGAAGAGCAAGCUGGCCGCCAUCGCUCAGGGUGAAGAGGAGGCAGACCGGUCUAGAGGCUCUGGGUGGAGCUCCUACCUGCACAGUUGGUCUGGGAUCCGAUGAGAGGUGUCAGAUGCACCCUCAACAGGCUCCUAGGUGUCAGAUGGAUCCGAUGAGAGAUGCACCCUCAACAGGCUCCUAGGUGUCAGAUGGAGCCUCUUACUUUUCAUUUGUCACCUGAGCUCAAUAUCAUCUUCCAAAUGACUUUAAGUACACCCCUUAUGCCUUUCCUGAAAGAUUUAUCUGUUUGUAUAUUUUGACAAAGAUUCACUUAUGGCAGUUCUACAUCAUUUAUAAAUGGAUAUACUGUAUAUAUAUAUGAAUGAAUACAUUUAUAUAAAUGAAUAUUAGCUAGACCUUCCUAUAAAUCGAUGGGAUGGUUUGUUACUGAUGGCUUAUAGCUGACAUUGUUUUCCAAGUUCUUUUUGUUUUGUUUAUGAUUUCACUUGGUGUUUACCGAUGUAAAGCAUAUAUUAUUUCAGUUGAAGACUUUGCAACUGUGACAGUCAUAAUACGUAAAUCACUUAAAUCAAAAAAACUGUUUCUGAAACAAUUCAUACCUGUUGUUGAUUUUAACACUUGAUGUUAACUUUCACUGGAAUUGAAUCUCAAAAGGGAUACUUUAAUGUUUUAAAGGUACAGCUAUCAACACUGUAUAAUAUCAACAAUAUCAUAGAACUACACAAUGUUUCAUAAUAUUUUCAGGUUAGAAUCUGUUUCAUUUCACCAUACUGACUCAUAUCAAGGCAUCUUUAUGAACUGAAAUAGUACAUAUGUUCAGACUCAACAGAAGGCUCAUCAGAUACUAUAUAAAUAAAUGACCCACUGUCAAACAUACCAUGAGGGGGACCAAACUCAUUUAAAAGGCUGUGUUUCGCUGUGAUUUCCUAUGUUGUGCGGGAAGCUUAUAUGAGUAAUUAUUGACAAAUGAAUGAAAUCUCUUAACUGAAUGUAUUGCAUUUUAUAAGAACAUUAUUGUGUAUUAUUUAAAUACAGACAUUAUUCAUUCUUGUAAGGAAUAUAUAUAAUUUAACAUUUUAUUUACAAAUAAAUGUCUUACUAUUCAACUUGGUCAGAAGCCUGGUUGAUGCUCUCAUCAAAAAGGGUAUGAACCCUGAAAAAGGUUAAUAGUCUUUUGUUAAAACCUGUAAUUUUUUUCUUUGUGAAAUGAGAGCUUUAAUGUGAAAUGUGCGAUUUGAUCACACUGAUAAAUAACAUGCUUUAACUGUGAUUGACAAAUAAACUUGCUGUUUUGAAAUAAA